CUGCAAAUAGGGCUGCAGACUGAAAAGCACUUCUCAGUUUGAGCUUUAAACAAGUGAAUACAAUUAACCUGCAGUCUGAAGAUCCACUUCAUAACACUUUUGAUAUAUUGCGGGGAGAAGAAUAAGUGAAUCACUCACUUUUGCUUUCGAGAGGAAUUACAUAGCCUGCAAAAAUGAUUUUCGACAAGUUAAAAAAGUUUGACAUCGUCUUCGACUCUCCGGAGGUGGACUGUCCUCCGGUGUUCAGCAGCGGGGACGUGGUGUCCGGUCGGGUGGUGCUGGACCUGUCCGGGGAGAGUCGGGUUGAGUCCCUGAAGUUGCACGCAGAAGGAUUCGCUAAAGUGCACUGGACCGAGUCCCGGUCCGCCGGCUCCAGCACCGCUUACACCCAGAACUACAGCGACGAGGUGGAGUACCUGAACCGGAGAGAGGUGCUGCUGCAGGCAGAUAAUGGUGAAGUUACCGUCCUUCCUGCUGGCAGACACGAGUUUCCAUUCAGCUUCCAGCUGCCUGAGGAGACGCUGGUCACCUCCUUCGAGGGAAAACACGGCAGCAUUCGUUACUGGGUCAAAGUUAAGUUGCACAGGCCAUGGGCCACCGUCAGGAAGAUCAAGAAGGAGUUCACAGUCAUCGAGUCCAUUGACAUCAACACGCCAGCCUUGCUGGCGCCACAGGCUGGAACGAAGGACAAAUUGGCACGUGCAUGGUACCGCAACUUUGGACAGGUGUCUAUAACUGCAAAGAUCGACCGCAAAGGCUACACACCAGGUGAAGUGAUACCUGUCUUUGCGGAGUUUGACAACUGUACCUCCAGAUCAGUUGUGCCCAAAGCUUACAUCACUCAGACGCAGACGUUCAUCGCCCGCGGCUCCAUGAAGCAGAAGCGAGCGGUGGUGGGCACGCUUUCUGGUGAUAUUGUAGGAGCCAGAUGCAGGGAGACGUGGCACGGCCGCGCCAUCAAAAUCCCACCUGUGGGUCCCUCCAUCCUGCAGUGCCGCAUCAUCAAAGUGGAGUACAUGCUCAAGGUUUGUGUUGAUGUUCCUGGGACAACCAAGCUGUGCCUGGAGCUGCCUCUGGUCAUAGGCACCAUCCCUCUUCAUCCCUUCGGCAGCCGGACCUCCAGCGUCAGCAGCCAGUACAGCUGCAACCUGGAGUGGCUCCGCAUGGCCAUCCCCGAGCAGCCUGAGCCCCCUCCAGAGUACAGCUCUGUGGUGACCGAGGAGGAGGCCGAGCAGCGCAACAAUGCAGCGGUUCCUGCAUCGCAACACGCCGAAGACCUGAGUGGGAUUCUGGAGCGCCCCCUCAUGGCUUUUGUCCAAGAGUUUCGCUUCCGACCUCCGCCAGUGUACUGCGAGGUUGACCCCAACCCUCAGCCCUUAAACAUGAGACCUCGCUGCAUGACAUGUUGAACCAUGAGCCCUGACUGAGCGUCAAGCGACCUAACUUAAAGAAAAGAAUCAAGAGAUUUCUCUUCUCCUGGAUUACUGCUCUCUGAUGAUGGCACCUGAUCCCACCGAGUGUCGUGGAGAGAGACUGGAGCGCCACGGAGAGUUCAGGAGACGGAGCUCACAGGAACUGGAUGUGUGUGGAAGACUUCGUUUCACGUCCAUAAAGAAAAGUGGACAUUUUUCGAUUCUGUUACAAGAAAAAUAACUACUCCAAAUCAGUUCCUGUUCUCCCCAAGUGAUUUAUGGCUCCUUUAUGAGAAGCGAGCUGUAAAUACCUCCCAAUCAAUGAUUCCCUCAUGUGAAGUGAAUUUUGUGAUUUAAGGAGUUUUGGACAUAUUUGUGGGGAAAGAUCACUUGAAAAUUGUCAGGUGGAGAGUUGAAAUUGCAACUGGUGUUCAAAUGUUCUAAAAAAGCACUCUUUAUAAGAUGAUUUAUUGUUAUCCUCUUUGAUAAGCGUACAGAGAAAAGUGCAAUCUUAACUUUUCAACUCUCCUUGUCCUGGCAAGCUCAGCAGAUCUUAACAACCUACAGUGCUAUGCAUUGUGUCGGUCAUCAGCAGGGAGCCUGUGAUGUCUACUGUGACAUACUGUAUUUGAAGGUGUGAAAGUGGAUCAGUCAAGUCAAGAAAGCAGUUGUAGAUGAACUUUAUGCAUGCAGGUCACAUUAUGUAAAAGGGAAUAAUAAGUAUGCCUUAAUUAACUGCUGUCGAAGAUUGCAUGAGAGUUUCAGGGAGUUGUUCUCUCAAAGAGAUUAACAGCACUGAAUGUAUUCUUCAAGAACUUGGAACAAAACGGUUGGAUUGUAUGUGUAUGAAUUCCAAGAGAGGUGUUGUGUUAAUGCAAGGCUUAAGGCACUGAAGUGUCAGAUAGCUGUGGUUGUUGUUGAUUUUAGCACAGUGAUAAAAUAGAAGAAGCAGUUUGUGUAUAGAGCUGCAAUACGCUCGUAUAUUAGCUCUCCCAGCUGCUGAGGAGGAGGAGAUGGAGACGGAGACGGAGACGGAGACGGAGACGGAGACGGAGACGGAGACGGAGACGCUGAGCCACGUGGUCUGAAGCUUUUGAUGGGAGCCAGAUGCGUUGGUGCUGUGGGGCGCUUUGUAACGCCUAACCAGAACGCAGUGCUCAGCGUGCAAGGCCAGCCUUAAGCUGGAGAUGCCACUGAAAUGUCUGGACAAAGAACAUUCCAAAAACUGACUGGAGGAUUAUGUGUUUGUUCCUCAACUUCCAAAAAAAAACUGUAAAAGUAUGAACAAAGUCUUCAGGGUCAGCUGUGUGACUUCUGUGGCAUGCACUGAAAUAUAUUUUUAUACAAAUUGUUCAUUCACAAUCUUACCAAAGUUUUAUAAACUUCUUUUCUAAUAAAAAAGAUUAAAAUAA